AUGACUGAUCAAAAGGAAGUGCCAAUUAAGCAAGACGCCGAGGCUGGUGCGCCAGAAGCGCCUUCAAGAACACCAAAUGACCAGACUAUGGAGCAGCUUGACAUACUCGAAGCUCCCCAAACCCGCACCAAACUGCGUAUCAUCGCUAUUAUAAUCGCGCUCAAUCUCGUCCUGUUCGUAGGAGCGCUCGACCAGACCAUCGUUGCGACUUCGAUCCCCACAAUCUCAGCAGCUCUGCACUCCGCUGCAGGUUAUACCUGGAUCGGAGGUGCAUACCUGUUAGCGAACGCCGCCACAGCGCCAAUGUGGGCCAAAUUCAGCGACAUCUGGGGCCGUAAGCCGGUUCUCCUCGGGGCGGUAAUAUUCUUUACCAUUGCGAGCAUAAUUGCUGCACUCAGUAAGAACAUGGAGAUGCUAAUUGCUGCACGAGCACUCCAAGGCGCAGCUGGUGGAGGUCUCAUGCAAUUAGUCUUUAUCGUCAUCUCGGACCUCUUCAGUAUACGCACCCGCGCGUUGUAUCUAGGUAUGAUGGGGUUUACCUGGGCCCUUGCAGGAUCCGCUGGUCCACUUAUCGGCGGAGCAUUUACGGAACUCGUUUCCUGGCGGUGGUGCUUCUGGAUAAAUUUGCCCGUGUGUGGGCUUUUGUUCAUACUCUUGCUGCUUUUCUUGGAUGUGCACAAUCCCCGCACAAAGCUCAGAGAAGGUAUCGUCGCCGUUGACUGGUUAGGCACGAUCUGCAUUCUAGCAGUAACUCUGCUAUUACUCUUGGGAUUAGAUUUUGGAGGCGCUAUAUUUCCCUGGAGCAGUCCGAAAGUCAUCUGCCUGAUUGUAUUCGGGACAGCAAUGAUCGGCUUCUUCGUGUUCAGCGAGAAACGACUGGCCAAAUAUCCACUCAUGCCUCUCAGCAUAUUCAACAACUGGUCCAAUAACGCAGUCAUCCUUCUCGCCUUUGCACACAGCAUGGUCUCUAUCGGUGUGGAGUUUUAUCUGCCGUUGUAUCUUCAAAGCGUCAAGCAAGCCUCACCACUCCGCAGCGGUAUUCUGAUAAUACCAAUGAUGGUCACCGAAGCGGCUGUGGAUAUACUGUCGGGGAUCUUGAUCUCUCGAACGGGCCGUUACAGAGAGAUCACCUGGGCCGGGUUAGUACUGAUGACACUGGGAACGGGAUUAUACAUCAACCUCGGGAUCGACACUCCUGUGGCAAGGAUCGUUGGAUUUGAGAUCAUUGGCGGUAUCGGAACCGCACUUCUAUUCCAAACUCCCGUCAUUGCCAUCCAGAAUACAGUCAGCCAGGCCGAUACUGCUUCCGCUACGGCGACUUUGAGUUUCAUCCGCAAUCUAGCGACAUCCCUGUCCAUAGUUCUCGGUGGUGUUAUAUUCCAGAAUAGUAUGGAUACUCGUCAUUCUUUGCUUGAGGCCGCCGGUCUCAGUGGAUCCGUCCUCGACGCCUUGUCCGGCGAUCAAGCAGCAGCAAACGUCGAGAUUAUCAAGUCUAUCCAGGAUAGCGCGCAGAAGCGAGCGGCGCAGGGCGCUUAUGCUUGGAGUCUACGGAAUAUAUUUAUCAUGUACACGUCCGUGGCGAGUGUUGGGUUAGUGGCGGGCGCUUUUAUCAAACAGCGACAUAUGAGCACGGAGCAUACCGAAACGAAGACUGGGAUACAGCAGUUGGCGAAGCGUAAAUCUGCAAGCUAGUGGUGGAGUUAUUUAAUAUAGUUGUGUAUGUUUCUUACUGGGAAAUGUGGUCUUUCACAAGGUAGUCAGUGGUCCAUUAUGGAUGCUGAUUGUGGUUUAUGAUGAAGAGCUGAUACUGGGGUUUCCAGUCCAAUAUGGAGAUUACCAAUGAAUAUCCACGAUGGUUCUAGCAGAAGAACGAAACUUGACACCUGCUCGACUGAUCUCCUGAGCUGUGUGCAUUGCACUAUCUUAAGUAACUAGGCCCGGGGAGGUUAGUUAGCUAGGAUUACGGAAAAUGAGGAAAUAGAAAUCUCCUAGAGAUCUACUACUCGAACGCUAUUGUUACCCAGGGAUAGUCAGCAACCAGGAUACGAAUUUGAUAGCCCUUCCAUGCUUCCUAUCCAUUGAAUGCUGAGGCACCUUCACAAUGCUAGCCGUAGCACAG